AUGGCAACAACAUCCAGUCAUUCACUAGGAGUUCCAAGCCAUUUAAUGGCCUCAUUAUAUGUUGAUAAUCUUCCUCCGGAUGUUACCGAGGCUAUGUUAUUCGACAAAUUGUCAAGUGCUGGACCCAUUAUAUCAAUUCGAAUAUCUCGGGAUAUGAUUACACAACAAUCACUUGGUUAUGCUCAUGUCAAUUUUCAACAACUAGCUGAUGCUCAACGUGCACUUGCUACAAUGAACUUUGAUUUACUUCAUGGUCAUUCAUUACAUAUCAAGUGGUUUCAACGUGAACCAUGCGUUGGAAAUCUAUUUAUUGGAGAUUUGAAUAGAAAUAUUGAUACUCAAUCACUGUAUGAUAUAUUUUCGACUUUUGGCAAUAUUUUAUCUUGUGAAAUCAUGACAGAUGAAAAUGGUGAAUCACAAGGUUUUGGUUUCGUUGAUUUCGAAACGCAAAAAGCAGCGGAUUAUGCUAUUAAUAAAGUCAAUGGUAUAUUGUUAGGUGACAAAAAAGUUUAUGUUGGUCGUUUUAAGUCGUCUACUCAAGGAGCUGAUUUUGAAGAACUACAUGAAUUUACCAAUGUAUUUAUACAAUAUUUUGGUGAUCAACUCAAUGAUGAAAUAUUACGACAACUUUUUUCAGUGCAUGGGAAAAUUUUAAGUUUUCAGACUGCAAAGGAUGAUAGUGGACAUUCAAAAGGCUUUGGAUUUUGCACUUAUGAAAAUCCAGAGGAAGCUGAAAAAGCUGUUCAAGCUCUACAUGGAUAUUCAAUAGGUGAUGCGCGGCUUUAUGUUGGUCGUUUUCAAGAGGAAGAUGAACACUUAUCUAAAAUUAAAUAUAAAAACGAUUUACAAACACACGAACUUAUGAAUAAAUAUAAAGAUGUUAACUUAUACAUUCAAAAUUUGGAUGACACUAUUGAUGAUGAACGAUUAAAAAAAGAAUUUUCUAAAUUUGGAACAGUUACUAAUGCUCAAGUUAUGUCAGAAAAUGGUCGAUCAAAAGGUUUUGGUUUUGUAUGUUUUACUACACUUAAUGAAGCAACAAAAGCCGUGACAGAAAUGAACGGUUCUAUUCUUGGUUCCAAACCACUUUAUGUUGUAUUAGCACAACGAAAAGUAGACCGUGUUAUGCAUUUAACUAAUCAACAUAUGCAACGUAUGGUAACAUCUCGUGUGCCUCUACAAAUGCCGUUACCGUUUUCCGAUGAAAUGAGUGGUAGGAUGUCCUAUAUACAAACAUCGAUGUGUCCAUCGCAGCCACGUAACCUCUUCACACCAAAUACAAUGCCAACAGAUCGAUCAGCACAACCACAUGGUUUAUCAGCUGCUCCUACCAAUGAUAUGACGCCAAGAACAUAUGCUCAAAUGCUAAGUAAACACAUGCCACAAUCAGCUACGGCUGGUGUUGCAUCUCGAUCAGGUAUUCAAAUGUCUACUCGACCAAGACUAAUACGAGCGCAAACGAUGUCUAGCUAUUCUGUUCGAUCACAAGCUGGUGCACAAUCACAACCAGCAACAACUUAUACACGUACGGCAAGAAAUAUACCACCUAAGAAUGCAGAUAGAUUCACUGGACAAGAACCAUUAACACUAGCUAUUCUUGCUAAUGCAACACGAAAUGAACAAAAACAAAUUUUAGGCGAACGUUUAUUUCCAUUGAUUCAACAAAUACAACCAGAAUUAGCUGGUAAAAUAACUGGCAUGUUUCUCGAGCUUGAUAAUACUGAACUUCUUCAUAUGCUUGAAUCACGUGAAUCACUUGAAACUAAAAUUGAGGAAGCUAUUCACAUACUUCAAGCACAUCGAACAAAACAAGCUCAAGUCCAUGAAAAAUAA